AUGGCAUCAUACCUGACCGGCAGCGAGGCCUUCACUCGUGAGAAGCAAGCCUCCGAAACAAACCCAUCGACAGCAACCUGGGCCGAUAAGUACCGUGGUGCAACAAUUGAAGACCUUGACCCUCCCCCGGCGCUCUCAGUCUCCUCCCAUGACCCUAUCUCCACAGCCUUAAUGGCCGCCUACGAGCGCGACUACACCCACCUCACGGUUAUCUCCCCGACAAAGCGGUCUCUGUUGGGAUACGUCAGCAUUCCACGGCUACGGGAGCUGCUGCAAAGCGGGAAUGUGAAAGAAAGCGACCCAGUCUCGGCGGCUAUGCAACGCUUCAACCGCAAACGCGGUAUCUACCAAGUCAUCACAAUGGAGACGCCGCUCGAGGAGCUCGAGCAGUUCUUCGAGAAUGAGACGGGGCCAAAUGGCGAGAAGCGCGAGAAGCAACAGUUUGCUGUUGUCACUGAUGUGGCACGCAAGUUUGUGCUUGGCGUUGCUACCAAGGCAGAUUUGGAGGAGUUUGUCAAGCGCAGACCUACCUAA